CUCUAGCAGAAUAGACAACUUGAUACCUUUGCAAAUCCAGACGAGAAGCCACAGUAUGCUGAUCCCAUUUUACUGAAGACACACAGCUCCUCAAGUCCGUCCAGUUCUCCUCUCCUGCCAUGGCCAAGCGCAAGUCAAAGAAGCCCCAAGAAGAAGACACCUCCAUUUUGUUGGAGUCACCAGUAUCACAGUCCAAGGGAAGCAAAAGCUCCUUUAAUUCUUCAGCUUUGUUGUUCGUUAUUAUCUUUACAGUCGGGGCCGCUGUAAUGGGGUGGUGUUGUGUUCAACAGCAGCAAAACGUCGACCAACUGUCGGAGACUUUUACAACGAUGCAAAAGAAAAUCACAAAGCUGCAGCAGGUGAUGGAGAUGACGUAUGCACAGACUGAUACAGGUUUGGAUGUGAAGGAGAGGAUCUUCGCCCUGGAGGAGGCCCAGAAACAGGCUCAGGAGAAGGCCACUUCAGAGAAGUUGAAAACACCUGGCCACUACUCACAGCUUGAGGCCCUCAAUGAUGAGAUGGACACCCGAUUGGCUGUGAUAAAGCAGGUAGCCCUGUCCGUCACAACUCUCCAGGCCAUGUUCAAGAACCAGAGUGAGGCGUUUGAGGCCGUGAAGGAGAGCGUAGUGGCUGGUUUGAGCUCCAGCUCAGCACUGGCUGAAAAUGUGGCUGGGCUGACUAAUGUGGUGGCCAGUGCGGGCUCCAGAGUUGACAAACAGGUGGCAUCAGUCGAGGCUCUUAAUGCACAGCUAGAGGGACAAGCCUCAGACCUGAAUGAGAUGAAAGAGUCAAUGCACCUUCAUAAUGCUGCAUUUCGUACAAAUAACCAGGAGAUGGCUGCAUUAAAGGAGCUUGUCGAGGCUAAGAAGGCCAUGCGUGCGCAGGCGUUAGAGGAGAUGCUCAGUUCGGUGCAGAUUAUUUUGGAUGAGCAGUUUGUCACUUCAAAGACCCUCCGCAGCGGCAUCAUGGCUCAAAUGCAGACCUUUCACAACCAAUUGGCGACUGCUCCUUCUUGGCCAAUGAAACUCGACGAGGAGGGUCUGGCAGCAGAAGAAUUCAUCUCCACGACAGCACAGGAUGCCACUGAGGUGCAGGAGAAGCUAGAAGACAUUGAGGACAAGGAGCAGGAUGCUGAAGAUGAAGCAGAAGAGGAGGAGGAGCAAGAGGAGGCGCUGGAGGAGGAACAGGAGAAGGAGGAGCAAGAGGAGGAGCAGGCGGAACAACAAGAGGAGGAGCAGCGAGCUGGCUUCCUCCAUGAGCGUCCCAUGUUGUGUAGACUACAGUGA